UGGCUGAUAAAUUCGAACAAAAAUUACCCCAAAAAAAAAAUCCUCCACUGAAGUUUAGGGUUUGGAGAGUGGCACUUAAUUUGCAGCAAUCAUGAACACCACCUCAAACUAAUGCACGUUCUCGAUACUCACUCCAUUCUUCCAAGCACUAAUUAACUUCUGUUAAUCCAAUCAGCAAUUACGAGCAUCGAAGUUCCUCCACAGUUUUAAUCUGCUAUGGCAGCGAGGCUCGCAAUUGUGAGGAGCACCAGAUGGAGAUUGAGCAGCGUUUUAGGGUUCAAUAGGUUUAUUCAUUCGGUGCCCCAAUCUCCUCCUUUAGCUGGAAGCAUUGAUCUUGGGGUUCGGUCGCCGCAAUCCGUUUUGCCCGAGUUUUGUUCCCCAAGUUUCUCUUAUGGGGGCUCCAUGGAGCUCAUGGCUGUCCCAAAACGCAAGGUUUCUCCCCAUAAAAGAGGAAUAAGGAAUGGACCAAAAGCUCUGAAACCUAUUCCUGUGAUUGUCCUAUGCAAGAGUUGUGGUCGUGCUAGGCUUCCACACUUCUUUUGUUGUGGUGGGAAACCAAAUCAGGGUAAUACUGGUGAACAUAAAGGUAGUACAAGCUAAGCUAAUCAAGUUGUUUGUGAAGCAGCAGAUGUUGGUUCGUGUGCAGGGCCACCCGUAAGUAGGUCCAUUUGGUAGUAAUGCUUUAUUUCCUUAUUUCUUAAGCAAUGCCAUCAUUAGAUCCGAGGUUUUUUGUUUUGGAAGAUAAAUGGAGUAGUUGGUGGGGAAAAUACUAAAAUUUAUGAAUUUUGGAAAUGAUACUGUAUUUUAUUUCCAUUGAAGAAUAGCGGCUUUGGUGCUUUACAAUUGAUCUCAUGGCCUAUUUAUUUUUCA